UGACCUUAGAAGCGUAUGUUGGUUAUUAUGUUACAAAGUUGAUUUUUUUAGAACGAUUAAGUGGGACUUUGUCUUUGUUUAUGUUCAAUUUUCAGAUCUUUACUUUUUAAAAUAUUAUUAUUAUUACACCAAACACAAUUUUCAGGUUAAUUCAUUUGACUUUACUCCUUCUAAUUGAUGAUUAAAUAAUUGACCUUUAGAUUAACUAAGUUUGUCGUCUGGUGGUAUGGAAGACUGCUUGGCUUAAGACUAUUUGAUGCGAAGGUCGAAGUCAACGUUUCCUCUGGAGAAAAAGCAGGAAAACAGGUGUGCACGCAACUGUUUCAAUGGGGUCACUCGAAAGGUACUUUGAAAAUACCUAGAACCAAAAUAACAGUUGCGUAUCUGAAACAAAACGAAUUCAGCUAUCGCCCACCACGAUUUUCCACACUGUGUACGACGAUGUGACCUUGUGUUUCUGACCGUAGAAGUAGUGGCAAUCUCGAGAACCAGGAAACGCGAAGUUUGCUUCAUUUUCCCCGAAAAACUUCCAAAGAAUUAAAAAAUAAUAAUGAAAUGUGCGGCUUUUUUGACCUGUCUUCUGACAACGAUACAAAUCGGACACGCCUUGAACUGCUACAAGUGUAAUGGUUGCGAAACCGCAAAAAACAUGAAGGAAACUUGCCGAAAUGUGGACCCAGCUACACAAAUCAGCGCCUGCUUGACGCAAAAAAUUCAUGUGGGUGGUACUCCUGAACCAAUGACCAUCAAGAAAUGCACCGUUUAUGGCAAAACCGAAAAAUUCACGUGUCCGACUCUUCCAGAAAUCGAUACGCUUUCGUGUCAGAUUUGUCAUGAAGAUUUUUGCAAUUCUGGAAUGGCACUGAGGAUAAAUCUGUACCUGAUGUUUUUCGCCAUAUUUCUUGCAUUGAAAUUCCUUUAAUGUUGAGCUUGUGUAAAUAAUUAUUUUUAAAAACAAAAUUGUUUGAAAAAAUUAAGAGUGUUUUUCUGGUAUGAUUCAUGCCUAUUAAUAAUAAGGUGUGGCUAAACUCGCGAUAUUAGUGUUUUUAUGGUGUUAGUUUUAAUUGCAACACUAAAAUUGUUGGUUGUCUAACAGUUAAUCAAAAACGAUCAAAAUGGACGAAAAAUGAUUAAAAAUCGUUACAUUAUUCUAAAAAAAACUACGUUUAUUGAAAUAAAAAUUAAGUACUAAAUUAUUAUAGACUUGGACUCAAAUUUUGACA